CCCCCCUCCCACCCUCGGUCUCAACAGAGCAGCGCGAGGCUGAAGGACGCCUGUUGCCCGGGAAACAGCAGCGCGGGAAAGAAGAGGAACAAGAUUCUGGUCAUGUGUUCUCCGGCUCUGCUCCACCUGCUGCGAUGCGCUCGCACCUCCGUCACCAGAAGAGCCUCCCUCAGCUGCACCGCCUCACGCCAGGGGGGCGGGGCCUCGCGCGGGGUGCGGCGGGCCAGCGGCUCGACUCGCUUCGACUCCUUCGGCAUCUGGGACAACCGGAGAGAAGAAGCGGCGCUACGGCCCCCCGGAGCCCCACGCCGAGAAACCGCUCCACAGGUGGGUCUGUCCCGGGUCGGCAGCGCCUCCGUCCUCGGUCUCAGGAGGCAGAACGAGGACCGCCUCAGCGUGGCUCGUAUCCAUGACGACCUGCUCUACUUCGCCGUGUUCGACGGCCACGGCGGUCCGCACGCCGCCGACUACUGCGCCACCUUCAUGGAGAAGUUCAUCAGAGACGCUCUGGAGGACGACGACGACCUGGAGAAAGUUUUAAAGAAAGCCUUUGUAGACGUAGACGAGGCUCUACACACACACCUGAGCUACUUCAACAACGCCUCCUUCCUGACAGCCGGCACCACGGCAACGGUUGCUAUGCUACGCGGCGGCGUGGAGCUGGUUGUCGGCAGCGCCGGUGACAGUCGGGCGCUGCUGUGCAGGAAGGGAGGAGCCAACGCGCUCACCAGAGACCACACCCCCGACCGCACGGACGAGAGGCGCAGGAUCCAGAGGUUCGGCGGCUUCGUGGCGUGGAACGGCUCGGGCGAGGCCAGCGUCAACGGGCGGCUCGCCGUGACGCGCAGCAUCGGGGACUUCCGCCUGAAAGCCAGCGGCGUCAUCGCCGAGCCGGACACGCGGCGCCUCAACGUGCAGCACGCCAGCGACUCCUUCCUGGCGCUGACCACCGACGGCAUCAACUUCCUGCUGAGCGACCAGGAGAUCUGUGAUGUCAUCAACCAGUGCCACGACGCCGCGGAGGCCGCCGAUGUCAUCGCUCAGCGGGCGCUGCAGUACGGCUCGGAGGACAACGCCACCGCCAUCGUGGUCCCGCUGGGAGCCUGGGGGAAACAUCAGAGCUCCACCGGCAACUACAGCCUGAGCAGAACCUUCUCCUCCAGCGGGAGAUGGGCGUAGACGACGCACACACACACACACACACACACACACACGUCGUGUCAUUUUUAUGAACUCAAAACGAGCUUUAGUUGUCUUAACUGUUCCUUUUGUGUUAUUACUUGAAUACACACAGACAGGUUUUCACGUCUUUAACAUCCCAGUGGUUUUUCAAAGGUGGGUCAGAUACGGACUUUUUGAGCUCAGGUGAGAUGAAUCAUAACAUCCGCAGAAGUAACGUGAUACCGUCAGUGACUGAAGGAAACAUGACGAGCUGAAUCAUAAAGAACCAAAGUAAAAGAUGCCAAUAACGGUUGACUGUUCCAUAAUGUUUAUUUUACAACCACUUUGCUGUUUCGCAGUAAAAGUAAGGAAAAGAAAUUCUAUGAUGCCAAAAUGUAAAUGUGUGUGUGUAUAUGUGAGCUUUUUUCUUGUUAAAAUCUGGAUGAGUUAGAAUAUUUUCUAGGAGGAGACAUUUGUAGAUUUUAACUUGAAAGAAAGCUUCAUUUCUCCAAACCCUC